UCUGCCGUUCUCAGCAGUCGAAUGGCGGUUAUGACUUCUCGUGCAGUGACACUUCGGCCUUCAGGUGCCAGCUUUGGAAAUGUCGAGACAUUUGGGAAAAGAUGGAAUAAUCCGUUUCUGGGGAACAAGAGCAAGAAUAUUCUGAAACCUGGCGAGUCGACGCGGAAGAUUUUCGGGGUGAAAGUCCGGGCUGGAGCGACGAGAAAUAGGGAGAGCGCGAGGAAAUCCAAAUCUCAGCAAGGGGAGAAGGGGAAACAGCAGCAGCGUCAGCAGGAGAAGAAGCAGCCGACGAAUCAGGCGCUGACACCUCAGCAAAAGGUCGCAAACCUUAUCCGAUUCUCCCAAGAUGAGACUCUUCUUUUCGAUCCGCGCUCAGCCGAUCCCACCUGCACCAAUAGCAGCCAUAACGACAGCAGAGAUAGUAGCUUCAGCAGCAGGAGUGACAAUAACGAAGCCAGCCGCGAGCCAAUUAGGUGCAUCUACGCGUUCCCGAACGAGUACACCGUCGGAAUCUGCUCCCUCGGGUACCAACUGGUGUGGGCUUACCUCUCCUCCCGUCCGUCCGUCCACGUCACCCGCAUGUUCACGGACGCUCACGAUCCGUUCCCUAGAAACCCUAAUCUCCUGGGGUUCUCCUUCUCCUGGGAAUUGGACUACGUCAACGUGCUGAACAUUCUAGAAGAUCUGGGGAUCCCCGUGAGAUCGGAGGAGAGGUUAGAGAGUGGAUCCACGUGUUUUGUGUUCGGAGGGGGGGCGGUGCUCUCGGCCAAUCCGGAGCCGUUUGCGGAUUUCUUUGAUGUGAUUCUGAUGGGCGAUGGGGAGGAGCUGCUGGGAAGCUUCAUGGAUGCUUUCGAGGCGUGUGUGUCGGGGGGAGGGGGGGAGGGAGGGAGUGAUAGCAGCAGCAGCAGCAGCAGCGGAAGCAGCAGGCGGUUGGAGAUACUCUCUGCUCUUGCUCAGGUGCCAGGGGUGUACGUGCCUCUGCUGUACCGAGUAGAGUACCACAGCCCCACAGGGCCCAUUGCUAACGUGUCGCUCGUGCAGCUGCCAGCAGGCAGCAUGCUCCCAGCAGCGCCCCCUGUGGUGGAGAGGCAGACAUACCGCGGCAAGCAGCUGGCCACUUCAACGGUGGUGUCGCCGCGCAUGGCAUGGGAGGGCAUCUACAUGGUGGAGGUGGUGCGCAGCUGUCCCGAGGUCUGCCGCUUCUGCCUCGCCAGCUACUCUUCUCUGCCCUUCCGCCCUGCGGCCCUUGAGGACCACCUCAUCCCCGCUAUAGAGAGAGGCCUGCAGGUGACUAACCGCAUCGGCCUGCUGGGAGCGUCUGUGACGCAGCACCCCCAGUUUGAUGCUCUGCUGUCGUACCUGCUGCAGCCGCACAUGAAGGACAUUCGACUCAGCAUUGCCUCAGUGCGCACCAACACGGUGACCGCCAAGCUCUCAGCGGCCUUGGCGCAGUCGGGGACGCGGUCGCUCACCAUUGCCGUUGAGAGCGGGUCCGAGCGACUGCGCCGAGUGGUGAACAAGAAGCUGGAUUCAGCAGACAUCAUCGCAGCAGGAGUGAACGCGCAGGAGGGGGGGCUGUCAGGGUUGAAGCUGUACGGCAUGGUUGGGCUGCCCAGCGAGACGGAUGCUGACGUGGCAGCGACAGUGGGCAUGAUGAGGGAGCUAAGGAAGGCAGCCCCGAGGCUCAAACUCACGCUCGGAUGCUCCACCUUCGUGCCCAAGGCCCACACGCCCUUCCAGUGGCAGCCGGUGCAGCCCGCAGCAGAGGGGCGACUGAGACUGCUGGAGAAAGAAAUGCGGAAGGAGGGAGUGGAGUUCAGGCCGGAGAGCUACAAGUGGUCGGUGUGGCAGGCUGUUCUCUCAAGAGGCGAUCGCCGGCUGUCAAGGCUGCUGCAGCGGGCACGGGAGUUUGGGGGGUCGCAGGGCAGCUUUGGGCGCGCUUUCAAGGAGAUGAGGGGGCUAGUACCGCCACCUGAGUACUACGCCUUUAGACAGGUGGAUGAGAGUGAGGUGCUGCCAUGGUCGCACCUCUCAGGCUCCCUGCCUGUGGCAGUGCUCAGGCAACACGCAGCAGAGGCGGCCACACACUUUAUUUCUACAGGUUCCACUGACUCUUGACCCUGAAGGCACUCUGCCAGUGUGGUAGUGGAUGCUCAGAAACAGCUCAGCGCCUGGGCCAUGGCAUGUGAGUGACUUUUAAGCCUGACAUGACAUGUGGCCAGGUUUGCACUUAACAUUUAUUAUCCGUGUUUCUUGUACGGUGUCAGGCACAGCACCAGGCAUUUGAGAUAUCUUGUGCACUGCACUGUCGGCUUUGUGCAUGAAUGGAAUCAGGCCC